GUCAAAAUCGCACAAUUUUGUCGAAAUUUGUAGCAAACUGAUAUUUCGUGUUAUUUUAGGUUAUUUUUAAUGAUUUUCACGUUUUUUGUUUCAAUCAUGUCAAGCAGUGAUGACAAAUCAACCCCUAGAAGCCACCAUGUGGAUGAAUCCUUCAUGCUCAAAGCCAUGCAACAACAAUUUCAGAGGUUGGACAUCAUGUUUGGUGAGAUUAAAGAUAAAAUGGAGAAGCAAGAUGCAGCGAUAGCCAAGUUAUACCAAACACAGAAUGGAAGUCCAAAUUUGCGUAGGAAUGAUGCUAAUGAUGAUUUCGAUGACGAUUAUAAAGAUGCAUUCAACAAUGAUGCUUGGAACUCAAAUUUCAGCAUGGACAGAAUUAUGAGAGGUAGAGGGGGCCAAAGAGCGCAAAAUCUGACAAGGUGGGGAGAUCGACAAGAUCGUGACUUAGGUAGCAUCAAGAUGAAGAUUCCUCCGUUUCAAGGCAAGAAUGAUCCAGAUGUGUAUUUGGAGUGGGAAAAGAAGGUGGAAUUGGUGUUUGAUUGCCAUAACUAUUCUGAGGAGAAAAAGGUGAAACUAGCAGCGGUGGAAUUUACUGAUUAUGCUGUGGUGUGGUGGGAUCAGCUUGUGCUUAGUCGACGUAGAAGUCGAGAGCGUCCUGUUGACAAUUGGGAAGAGAUGAAAGUUGUGAUGAGAAAACGAUUUGUUCCUAGUCACUACUACCGUGAUCUCUAUCGACGAUUGCAGGGCCUUACUCAAGGGUCCAAAAGCGUUGAGGAUUAUCACAAAGAGAUGGAAACCGCAAUGCGUAAAGGAGCCACCACCAGAACUGGGCAAAAUUCAGGUUCCUCAUCUUCUUGGAAACUGAAUUGGAGCAAAAAGGAAGAAAAUUCUGUUUUUAAGCCUAAAAUUGCAACAUCUAAGUCAAAAGAAGUUGGUAGCAAUGAGAAGAGUAAAGCAAAUAAUAUGCAAGGUAGAAACCGAGACAUCAAGUGUUUUCGAUGCUUGGGAAGAGGGCAUAUUGCAUCGCAAUGCUCUAAUAAGUACACGAUGAUCUUGAAAGAGGAUGGAGAAAUUGAAACAAAGGGUGAAUCUGAUGAUGACUCUAUGCCACCAUUGGAAGAUGCUGAUGAUGGCAUAGAAUAUGCUGUUGAUGGAGAACUGCUUGUCACCAGGCGUACUUUGAAUGUGCAAGCCAAAGAAGAUGAUGAAGUACAAUGCGACAACAUAUUUCACACGAGGUGCCAUAUCAAAAAUAAGGUCGAAGAACUCAUGAAAAAGGGACAUGUGAGAGAAAGCAUGAGUUCAUGUGCAGUUCCAGUGCUACUUGUGCCUAAGAAGGAUGGGACUUGGCGUAUGUGCGUUGAUUGUCGUGCAGUCAACAAAAUCACUGUAAAGUAUCAUCACCCUAUUCCUAGAUUAGAUGACAUGUUAGAUGAGUUGCAUGGCUCUUGCAUAUUCUCUAAAAUUGAUUUAAAGAGUGGAUAUCAUCAGAUUAGGAUGAAGGAACGUGAUGAAUGGAAAACAGCCUUUAAAACAAAACAUGGUUUAUAUGAGUGGUUAGUUAUGCCAUUUGGAUUAACUGAUGGACAAACAAAAGUGGUUAAUAGGACGUUGUCAACCUUAUUGCGAUCUAUUAUUCAGAAGAACUUGAAGAAUUGGGAACAGUGUUUGCCGCACGUUGAAUUUGCUUAUAACCGGAGCAUCCAUUCAACAACUAACUGCUCGCCAUUUGGGGUUGCAUAUGGUUUUAAUCCACUCACUUCUUUGGAUUUAUUGCCAUUACCUAUUGAUGAACAAGCUAGUUUGGAUGAGAAAAAGAAAGCUGAAGUGGUUAAGCAACUACAUGAGAGGGUGCAGAAAAACAUAGAGCAACAAAUUGAGCAAUAUGCAAAUCAAGCCAACAAAGGGCAAAAGAAAGUUGUGUUUGAACCUGGACAUUGGGUUUGGGUGCAUAUGCGAAAGGAGCGAUUCCUUGCACAAAGGUGUUCUAAGUUGCAACCAAGAGGCGAUGGACCAUUUCGAGUGAUUGCAAGGAUAAACGACAAUGCAUACAAGUUGGAGCUUCCUAGUGAGUAUAAUGUUAGUGCUACUUUUAAUGUUUCUGAUCUUUCUCCUUUUGAUGUAGGUGAUGAUUUGAGGACAAAUCCUUUUGAGGAGAGAGGAAAUGAUGGGAAUCAAGAUGACCCCACAUGUACCACAUCGAGAGAUCCAUUACACAUUCUAGGAGGUCCAAUCACGAGAGCUAGAGCUAGGAAGAUGCGAGAAGCUUUAAAUGGCCUUAUUGAGCAGAUCUGGGUUGAUAACAACAUACAACAAGCAAAUCGAAGCUUGUAUGAUUAUCAAGGCAUGCUUUCCUGGAGUUUAGAAAUCCCUUGUCGUGCUGUGGGUCUCAUUGUUCUCUUUGGGGUUCUCAUCACACCUAAACCCCUACAGUUCCAAGCAAGGAUUGUAGCAGAGGCCAUGAUAGAAAAGGAUAGAGAGAAGAAGGUGGAGGAGAACCCUUCAAAACAGGGAGAUGCACUUGAGUGAGAUGCUCAGACGUUGGGAAAGAGAAAACCCUAAGUUGACGACAAGAGGGAAACUUUUAUUUAUUGCGAUGAUUUUCAAUAUUCUAUAUUUGAAAUUAAUGAUGUAAAUACCUUAUAAAAGCCACAUCAACAU